UAGGCUAGAAGUGUGGAUGCAGGAUAAAACGGCUCCUAUAGAUAACGCUAAAUGCUCCACUUUAAAUGAGGGGUGGUUGAGAUUCGAAUCAGUGACCAUAUUUAUACCAUGUCAAAGAACCAGCUCAAUCAAAAAUUCAAGUUGAUGGUUGAGGUCUGGAAUAUGUUAUAUGCUGUAAGUUUGUAACACGACCUAACUUGUAAUCCAAGAAAAAAAAAAUCUGACUUCUCUUGCCUAUUUAAGUCAAUCUUCUUCAACGAUUUAUCCUUCACACCAACACAAAACUCUCUUCAUUCCUUAAAUCUCUAAUUCAUUAAUCAUCUAAGUGUAUAGUAGAACAUAACAAUAAUGUCUUUCAAAGCUGUUUCAUUCAAACUUCCUAACGAUGAAGAAAUCACUCUUCACAACAAGAAAAACCUAUUAGCCCUAAACACAAGAGUUCCUUCCUUCAAAAAACCAUCCCCUCCUGAAGAUCCUUUGGAAGCCAUAGCUAGUAUGCGUCACGAAUUUGGCGAACAUGGCGGAAUUAACAUGUCCAUCGAAGCUUCCGCUACCUUCAUGGUAAUGGAGCCUGAAACAAUGCAACGUAUGUUCACAGGGGAACUAGGACACGAAAAAGAUUUUUACAUUUAUAGUCGUCACUAUAAUCCUACCGUCCUUAGCCUUGGCCGCCUUAUGGCAGCCAUGGAAGGGACGGAGACAGCCUACUGUACUGCCAGCGGUAUGUCUGCUAUUUCCUGUGUACUGCUCCAGUUGGUCGGAGCUGGUGGUCACGUAGUAGCGUCGCAUACCCUUUACGGUGGAACUCACGCUUUGUUAGCUGAGUUCCUGCCGCGUACUAGUGGGAUUAGUACGACAUUUGUGGAUAUUAGUGAUCAUGCAGCUGUUAAAGCUGCGAUUGUGGAGGGAAAGACGAAGGUGCUUUAUUUUGAGUCCGUAUCGAAUCCGACACUUACGGUGGCUGAUAUACCGGAGCUAUGCCGGAUUGCGCAUGAUUAUGGGGUGCUUGCGGUGGUGGAUAAUACUUUUGCGCCUAUGGUUUUGUCCCCGGCUAAACAUGGAGCUGAUGUUGUGUUGCAUAGUGUGUCUAAGUACAUAAGUGGUGCUGCUGAUAUCAUUGCAGGCGCUAUUUGUGGGUCAGCUGACCUACUAAAUUCCAUGAUGGACUUACACCAAGGAUCACUAAUGCUACUAGGCCCAACAAUGAAUGCAAAAGUGGCCUUUGAACUUUCAGAAAGAAUCCCUCAUUUAGGGCUAAGAAUGAAAGAACAUUGUAAAAGGGCCUUAGAAUUCGCCAAAAGAAUAAAAAAUUUGGGCCUAAAAGUCAUCUAUCCUGGGCUUGAAGAACACCCCCAACAUAAUCUCUUAAAGUCCAUUGGAAACCCACAAUAUGGGUUUGGUGGGAUCCUCUGUGUGGAUAUGGAGACUGAAGAACGGGCCAAUAAACUCAUGUACCAACUCCAAAACUGUACCCAAUUUGGGUUCAUGGCUGUUAGUUUGGGCUACUAUGAAACCCUAAUGUCAUGUUCUAGUAGUAGUACAAGUAGUGAAAUGAAUGAACAAGAAAAGGCUUUAGCUGGGAUUUCACCGGGCCUUAUUAGGAUGUCUAUUGGGUAUAGUGGUACACUUGAACAAAAAUGGGCCCAAUUUGAGAAGGCCUUGGCUACAUUGGAGGAUGCUGAAUUUCAUGUUCUUGACUAUUGAUUAUGGAAACUUGGCAAUUUCUUUCCCUAAAUUCUCAUUUGGGACGGUCUUAUUGUGAAAUAUUUCUUAUACAUGGGUCAAAUAAUUCAACUAAUAAAAUUUUUAGCAUAUGAACUUUUUUUUUGAAGUUGUCUCAGCAAGUCAACAAAGAGAUAAUAUCUCAUAAUAGUAGUUCAUUUCCUUCCUUUUGUUUUGCUUGAUUUGGAAUUAUUUCAUCAUUAUUGUGAUAUAAAUUUGUUUUUGUGUAUGAAUAAAUGUAUUUAUUUGUGGUUA